UUUACAUACGACACCGCCCAGGGGGGCGGACACGAUCAUGUACCGCCGCCUGAAAGCUAACCGUGAGGAGGCGAAGCAAAAGACGGCGAAACAAAGUUUGAAGCGGAGGCGGCGGUGGUUGUAGAACAGGCGGAGGUUUGGACGGAGACGAGCGGGCGCGUUACCGGGCUUUCUGCCCUACUUUUGGAUUACGACAUGGACGCUUUGAAAUCCGCCGGCAGAGCCAUUAUACGGAGCCCGAGUAUCGCCAAACAGUCGUGGGGUUCCGGCAGACAUAAAAAGCUUCCGGAGAACUGGACGGACACGAGGGAGACGCUGCAGGAGGGCAUGGUGUUCCAGCUCAAGUAUCUGGGAGUCACAAUGGUGGAGCAGCCCAAGGGAGAGGAGAUGUCAGCGGCGGCCGUCAAGAGGAUCGUGGCCACGGCCAAAGCGAGUGGAAAGAAACUCCAGAAAGUCACGUUAACGGUCUCUCCGCGAGGAAUCAUCCUGUACGACAGUGCCUCCAAACAGCUGAUAGAAAACAUCUCCAUAUACAGAAUAUCAUACUGCACGGCAGACAAGAUGCACGACAAAGUGUUUGCCUACAUCGUCCAGAGCCAACACAACGAGACACUCGAGUGUCAUGCCUUCUUGUGCACAAAGAGAAAAAUGGCUCAGGCGGUAACCCUCACAGUGGCUCAGGCUUUCAGAGUGGCGUUUGAGUUCUGGCAAGCCGCCAAGGAAGAGAAAGAGAAGCGAGUGAAGUCGGGUUCAGACGGCGAAGGAGCCAGCAACUCUCAGUCGGAGAGCUCGGCCAGCCUGGGCAGCUUGAAGGGAGGGGAGGUGGCCACGGCAAAGCUUCUGGACUUGACCGAGGGAGCCAACGUGGCACAGGUCCACUUGGACACAAAGCAGGCGGAGUCUGAUCCUUUUAUGGUGCAUAACCACACAACAGAGAACAACAAUACUGUAUGGGAGCUGGAGGACGGUCUGGACGAGGCUUUUUCAAGCCGCAGUCUGGAUAGCUUUGAAUCGUACUCAGACUCGCUGAGUCUCGCACUAACCCCCAGGUCCUGGACAUUGGGGUGAACCCUCAGGACUUCAACGCUGAAGAGUGCCUGUCCCCGGGCAAAUGGGACCAAGAGGACACGGACUUUGCCGCACAGAAAGAUUCUUUCGGGUGCUAACGUGACGCCAAGAUGAGGAGCAAGUGUGGCAGAGGAGGACAUAACGAGACAUUUCCGAUGUCCGGGUGGUUUCCCACCCUCCACACGAGCAGAGAGGAACAUGAGCGAGGCUGCUCAUAGAACAGGCCAAAGCAAUACAAACCAAUAUCUCCCUUCUUUUCUAGAGGGGGGGGGAAACAUGCAGUUAUUUAAUGUUUUUAACAGUCAAAUGUGUUACUUCCUUUUUUUCUGUGUCUGUUUUACCCGUUCACUGUGUGUGUGUGUGUGUGUGUGUGUGAUAUAAAUGGUCAAAGUAUGUGCAGAUGAGUGUGAGUUCAAGGUCAACAAGGGUCAACAUUCAUUAUUUUCACCCAGAGGUGGAGAAAUGUAAGUUUAAACGAGCAAGUUACUACCUAAUGUGCUUCAAGGCGUCGGCAACAAAAGCUUUAAAAGAAAGACAAGUGUGUGUGUGUGUGUGUGUGUGUGUGAGUGAUAGGAACAAAAGGACAAUGUUCUUCUUAUUUCUUUUUUUUCUAAUGCAAAAUAUAUUUUUGCACUCCGCAUUCAUCCAGCUUCAAAAGCACACGAUUCACGUGAGUGUAAAUGCAUCAGAGUCGUUGUAAAGUGCCUCGGUUCUCUCCUCCUCUGGGCCGCUCAUGUUUUCUUCUCACACAUCUUUGAAUCGCAGGGUCAGAAUAAACGGAGGGAAAUUGAGAUUUCACAUUUUUUUCCCUUCGACGGCACCAGCAAGUCUCACUUUUGACCUUGUGCUUCAUCGCUGAAGUAAACUGAACUCUUCCACGGGAGCGAGGUGAGGCACUUCUGCGCCUGUAUGUGAAAUUAUCAUUUUGCAUUUGAUAAUUUACUAUAUUUUGUUUUACUUUUUUUUUUUUUUUUUCCCCUGGGUAUGGUUCCCUGUGUUAUUUUGUUUCUGUAUGAAUUUAAUUUAAUUCAUUAAUUUACAUUAAAAAGUCAAAUAAAGGUAAAGUCAUACCUGUACCACA